AUGUCCACCAGGCUGGAGUACAGUGAAGUGCUGCCCGACUCCUUCCCCUCAGCCCCAGCAGAGACCCUCCCUCACUUCCUGCUGGAGCCACAGGAUGCCUACAUCGUGAAGAACAAGCCCGUGGAGCUCGUCUGCCGCGCAGCCCCCGCCGGAGCUGCCUACGGGCUGUGGUUUCCCCCGCCAGCGGGGUCUCCUCCUGACACCCCUUCUGCGAUAUUUCGGGUCCGGGAGAUAGAAGUUGCCCCUUUGUGGAGGAACACCAGGCGUGACACCUCUGAGCCGGCGCUGGUGCCGUUCCCAGAGAUCCGUCUCUCCAACGGGCCCAGCCGGUGCCAGGGGCGGGUGGAGAUCCUCUACAAUGGCUCCUGGGGGACAGUCUGUGAUGAUGACUGGGACAUUGUGGAUGCCAACGUGGUGUGUCGCCAGCUGGGCUGUGGCCAUGCCAUCACACUGCCAGCUGCCAUGACCUUUGGCCAAGGGACUGGACCCAUCUUCUUGGACAACGUGGACUGCAAGGGAUGGGAAGCAGCCUUGAGCGAGUGCUGGAGCCACGGCUGGGGCAUCCACAACUGCUACCACUAUGAGGACGUGGCUGUCAUCUGCAGUGGUAACGGGGUUGAGUUCCUCAGGGUCUCUCCCCCGUUCCUGGGCACUGGCAGCCCCAGCCCUGCUCACCAGGUGCCACCACCCGCAGGUGACGGUGCCAUCCGGCUGGUGAGCGGGGCCGACCCGUGCCAGGGCAGGGUGGAGAUCUUCUACCGGGGCUCCUGGGGCACCGUCUGCGACGACGACUGGGGGCUGAGAGAGGCCAGCGUGGUCUGCAAGCAGGUGGGCUGUGGCCAGGCCCUGGACUACAAGAGCAACGCUUACUUCGGCUACGGCGCGGGACGGAUCCUGCUGGACAACGUCAACUGCGAGGGCAGCGAGCCCGGCCUCUCUCUCCCAGGGCUGGACACAUCCACCAUCACUUCCUUCACCACCUCGGUGGCCCUGGACUAUGAAGAGACACUCACUGCCACAGCCACAGCAGUGACAGACAGUGGAGACCAGCCCUCCCAGGCCACCGAGGUGGUCACCACCACCCUCCUCACUGUGGAGCAGGAAAGUUCCCUGCGCCUGGUGAACGGCAGCCACCGGUGCGAGGGGCGGGUGGAGCUGUUCUACCUGUCCCAGUGGGGCACGGUGUGUGACGACGCCUGGGACCUGCGGGAUGCCAAGGUGGUGUGCAGGCAGCUGGGCUGUGGGCACGCCCUGGCAGCCCCGGGGGAGGCCCAUUACGGGCAGGGCACUGGUUACAUCUUCCUCGACAACCUCAAGUGCAAGGGCCACGAGCCCUCCCUGCUGCGCUGCUCCCACAUCCGCUGGGACGUUCACAACUGUGACCACUCCGAGGAUGCUGGGGCUCUCUGCAGCAUCCUAUGA